GCCUUGGCCUCUUAGUACAAUAUUUCAGCAGUUAACACUCAAUACGAAAAGAUGUCUGACGUACUCGAGGGAUUCGAGUUGCUGUUCGAUAGGCCGAACGAGCCUAUGGUGUCGCCUAAAGGAGACGACAAUACGGUGUUCCAACUAGACUCAAAACUAUUGAGUCCCGAAUAUCAAAGCAAUGGUAUAGAAAUAAACAACAGAUAUGCCAAUGAUUCGGCAAACAAAGUCAUUCCCCUUGCCGACCUGAAGAGGAUACCAAAAUUCGAGAAAGCUAGACAACUUCCACAUGAUGCAGAGUUCUCAAUCUUCAUCCCAAAACAUCAGGCUAUGGCUGAUGAAGUCAUCAGCGAACUAAUGUCCGUUCCUGCAAAUCAACUGCAAGAAUUACUGUCAACUUGUGUGUACUCACGAAUUAAUCUCAACCCACAGUUAUUCAACUACUGCUACUCUGUGGCCCUCAUGCACAGGCCAGAUACAAAAAAUGUUAAGAUACAAAACUUUGCUGAGACAUUCCCUUCCAAAUUUAUGGACUCAAAGGUAUUCGGUCAAGCCCGAGAGACUGCAGCAGUGGCAGCACAAGGAGCACCACGCACACCCAUCAUCAUUCCAAGAGAUUAUACCGCCACCGACUUGGAUAUAGAACAUAGAUUGGCCUACUUUAGAGAGGAUAUCGGAGUGAAUCUCCAUCAUUGGCACUGGCAUUUGGUGUAUCCUUUCUCAGCUAGAGAAUUGCAAAUUGUCGCGAAAGAUCGUCGCGGAGAGCUAUUCUUUUAUAUGCACCAACAGAUAAUCGCCAGGUACAACGGCGAACGUCUCAACAACGCGCUGGCUCGCGUGAAGAAGUUCAGCAACUGGUCGGAGCCCAUCACGGAGGCGUACUUCCCCAAGCUGGACAGUCUGACGACUUCCCGGGGCUGGCCGCCGCGGCAGGCCAACAUGCAAUGGCAGGACAUUCACAGAGACGCCGACGAGCUACAUGUCACCGUCGCGGACAUGACUCGCUGGAGGAAGAACGUCGAAGAGGCUAUCGCUACGGGACUAGUUAGAAAGGCUGAUGGAUCGACGCAAGCUCUGGACAUCGACACGUUGGGUAACAUGAUGGAGGCCAGCAUCCUGUCUCCCAACCCGGAUCUGUAUGGAGCCCUCCACAACAACGGACACACCUUCGCCGGUUACAUCCACGAUCCCACACACAAAUACCUGGAAAACUUCAGUGUGAUGGCUGACGAAGCAACCACCAUGAGGGACCCAUUCUUCUACCGCUGGCAUUCUUUCAUCGACGACCUCUUCCAGAAGUUUAAAGAGUCCAGCAACGUCCGUCCUUACACGCGCUCUGAGCUUGAGAACCCCGGCGUGCAAGUGACGUCGGCGUCGGUGGAGAGCUCGACGGGCGAGGUCAACACCCUCAACACGUUCUGGAUGACCAGCGACAUUGACAUGUCACGUGGCCUGGACUUCUCCAACCGCGGCCCCGUCUACGUGCGCUUCACUCACCUCAACCACAGGCCGUUCAGAUACGUAAUUAACGUGAACAACACUGGCUCGGCUCGGCGCGCCACGGUUCGCAUCUUCAUGUCGCCGAAGUACGAUGAGAGAAAGCUACCCUGGAUCCUCUCCGAUCAACGCAAGAUGUUCAUUGAAAUGGACAAAUUCGCCGUACCAUUGAACGCUGGUCAAAACACCAUUACACGCAUGUCGACUCAGUCGUCGGUGACCAUACCAUUCGAGCAGACGUUCCGCGACCUGUCGGUGCAGGGCAACGACCCGCGCCGCGCCGACCUCUCCAGCUUCAACUACUGCGGCUGCGGCUGGCCCCAGCAUAUGCUCGUGCCGAAAGGCACCGAGGCCGGCAUGGAGUAUGAACUGUUUGUCAUGUUGUCCAACUACGAAUUGGACAAAGUAGAUCAGGCUGAAGGAUCAAACACAAAUUGUGUGGAAGCUUACAGCUUCUGUGGGCUGAAGGAUAAGCUGUACCCUGACAAGCGCAGCAUGGGCUACCCGUUCGACCGUCCCUCGAGAAGCGUCAACAGCAUUCAAGACUUCAUCUUGCCAAACAUGGCUCUAGUUGAUGUUACCAUCCGUUUGCAAAACACUGUAGAGCCAAACCCACGUAAUGCUCAAAAUUAAUCAAAUGUAAAAUAUAAUCAUGAAAGGUGGUGUAAAUUAUUGUACAAAUUUAUAGUGACUAAGCUUAUAUUUUAUUGUGACCCAUUAAUUUUAAGUAAUAAA